GAUCUCACCCUACCUCGCAGCUCUUUCCAUCCCAUGGCUCGCAAUGUCGGCGGCCUGGUGACCGUGACCGUGCUUUCCGCGCUGGGUUUGGUGUUGUUAUACCGGUCCAAACGAAAAAAGGCAGAGAAUGGGGCGGAGAAAGAGACCGAGCAGGACUCCAAAUCCAAUUGGACUGGCGCGACCCACAAUGGCACCAAGCACAACGGCACGAAGCACAACAGCGUGAGUUCGGGCCUGCGCUGUUCAGCACGGACGGAAGAGGGGGAGGAUGUGAACAUAGACCGUGGACAGAGAGACAGUUCAUCGCCCUUAGCCCAGUCUGGAUGGAUGGCGCGUCCAGCGGACGCUACCUGCGAGGAACUUCGCUUCGCACAGCCUAUGGUCGGUGACCGACCGGUGGCCGACCUGCCCGAGGAACGCGUCGCCCGUGUCGCCCAGUGGUUUCCUCUUCCAUCGGUGGAGAUCGGAUUGAUGGCCUUCCUUUUCACCCUGCUGGUUCGUGCGGGUGCCCUCGUGGGGCAGACCUCCGAGGAGCAAGCCAAGAGUGGAAUCCUGCCUGCUGAGCAGAUUGUGUGGAACUUUCAAAAGCUUUUGCGCUGUAUGCUGGUGGUCUUGUGCUUCACUUCGGCUUUUCUGCAGAAGCACAAGCUCUUUGAAUGGGUGGAGGGUUCAUCUAGCUCGAGCUCUUCGAGCUGGCCCAAGAUGAUCUUCCAUCGUUUGUCCGAAGAGCUGUGGCUCCUUCCCUCCAACGAGGCUGAAGGAGUGGCUCAGCGUCGGCGCCUGACCUUGCUCUUUGUGAUGCUCGGGCGGGCCCUGUUGGGGACGAUCCGCAGCUUUAUCAAGUUUCGCGCGCAGAUGAGUGACGAGAGCUCAGAUGCGAGCCGAUUGGACGAGACUGAAAGUCGCGAGAGCUCGAGGUUCUUGUGUUCUGGGUUCUUCAUCAACUGGAUCAUAUUCCUCUUGGACGUCACCGCGAACUGCGGCUUCCUCUUGGGCUUCUCCGCGGGGCGCCACUACUUCCGCUGCACCCAGCGCGCUCCGUCCCACGGACCGGAGGCUCCAGCACUGGCGCCCCUGGUGCGACCGCAGGCCGUGAGCCCCGAGGCAGAGGAUGGUGAGACCACCCAGCGUCACAACGAUGCCAGUGAUGAUGACCAGCCCAAGUCCUCGUUUGCUUCGGAAAGGUCUUUGUCCAGAGAGGUGGAUCAUGGGCCGAUGUUCCGGUGCUAUGCCAGCAGGUGUUUGCUGGGUUUCUUAGUGGCUUCAGCUCUAGAAUGCUGGCUGUUGAGCUACUGGGAAGCUGGAAUCCUCGGCAGCCGCGAUGAUGAAGUCGAUGUGUUCCGUCUCUACCCUGGUUUCCCUAGGAAGCAGUCCCCCAGCGCUGUGCCGCGUCCCUACUUCCAAUCCUGGACGCCGGACUUCUCUCGCUGGCGUUUGCGGCGCCUGAUCUUGGGCAGCUGGCGAGAUUUGUUUUACUUCGUGUUGCUCUACGUGCCGCUUUAUCCCUUUUCCUUUGGUGCCUUUAUUGGUUCCCUUUUCCUCUUGGCACGUUGGAAGAGAGGCAACAAGGACCCUGAGGUCGCGAGAAACUGGGUGAUGACAAGCGGCUUCUUCAAUGUCCUUGAGUGGUUCUGCAGUGGGUUGUUUUCCUAUCUCAGCCUCUUGACCGCUCAAAGGGCCUAUUUCUACCUCUCGUGCUUGCUGAUCUGCUGGGAGUGUCGGAGGCUGGAGGAGCGCGCCAACGACUUCGCGCGGCAGUUCCCGCAGCUCAGUCCGCGCCAGCGCUAUUUGCAACAUUUCUGCUUGGCAAAUGAGGUUAAGCAGCUGCAGCAAAGGUCAGCGCCAUUAAUCCGAUAUGUUUUCCUACAGCGCUUGGCUUAUUUGGCACUGGAUGUGGCUCGACAAUCUUGCGACGCAUGGCUGCCCUUCAAUUUGGUGCACUAUCUUUUUCGCCACGUGAUGUUCUUGAGCGCUUUGGCCAUAACUGCGUGGCGGAUUGGAAAGCUGAACUUCUCCAUCUACGAAAAGCUGCACAACACGGUGAUGGACUUGUUGCCCCGCAAUUGGGCUGAGCACUGGGGGCACAGCACCAAGCUUCAACUCGAAGUGGUGAUGCAACGUCAGCAUGCUGAGGAUUGGUUCCGCUAUUUGCAACACAACAUCGACACCGGCCGGCGCGACGCUUGCAUUUGUGUCUUUCACCUGCGCUUUGCGGCUAAGAGCCACGUUUUGGCCUUGAGCGUCCUGACGCUCUUGACGCUGCCCGUGCUGAAUAAGUUGCUGGAGCACUACGGACGCCACGUGGUGAACGACGGGCUCUUGCUGGGAAGUGAUGGCGUGCCACCGGGAAGGGAGCUCUUGAAUUGCAGUGCUUUCAACGAGUCCUUCUUGAGACCAGAGACCUGCGCUGCCUAGGCGGAGCCGCCACGGCGAGUCACGGGGCGCACCCGGACAGAUGCGAGGGGUGCACCUCGCCCGAUCCGCGUUUGGAGGAAAAGAAAGAAGCACUGGUUGGACCUGG